UGGGUUUUUUAGCAGUUCAACCUAUAUAAAACACUAUUUUUGUUUAAAUUACAAAACUGAAUGUGGAAUACAAGGUUUUUACUGAAGUCACUGCUGCAGUACCAGACUUUCUCUGAAGGAGAGAUACUGCCAACACCCAGCACAAGCUCUCACCCUGCUGUUCCACCAGUGGCAUUAAGUGCAGGUCCUGCUGGGGGUUCAGGCCAAUCUGGGGGACACAACCAUGCAUCAGUGGGCUCAACAGGGGAAGAGGGACCUCUUAAAAAACCAAAGAAGGAAAGGAAAGAGCGAGGCCGGGAAAAUGGAAAAGAGGAAAUUCCAAAAAAGAUGUCAAAGAAGAGAAAGCUCGCAGACGGUUCUCGGAAGCUGGUGCAGCCCAUCCCUCUGGACUCAUGUGGCCGUCCUGUCUUUCCCAUCGUGCUUGGGGGUUUAACCGUCUACAGUCUGGGAGAGUUUAGGCUGCAGGACCAGAAGACAACACUGGGCGACACUACUGCCAGCUACAACAAGAGUACUGAGGCUAUAAAUCACAUGGGCUCACCAACAUUGCUACCGGUGGAUACGUUUUGAAGUGUGCCGCCCCGGAGAUGGCCAGGUUCCUCACAGCCUAUCAGAGGAUGAUGCUUCAGUCAACUUUGAAGCCUACCAGAGACACCAAGGCUUUGAUGAGAACAUCAAGACUGAGCACAUAACAGGACAGAUGGCGCAGUCUCCUAGCUCCUCUCAUCAGCAUCACCUCAUGUCCCCCACCAUGAAGCCCUCUGCUUCAUAUUUCAGCCCCUGACAGUCUGCUGAAUUAAGACAUCACAUGAAGGCAACACCCUUUGAUAUUUAUUCAUUUUUACAGGAUUUAGUGUCUUUCAUUUCCCGUUUUUGUUACAGGAAGUUGAAUCAAUUUUGUUCACUGCAUGUCACCAUCAGGAAGCAUCACAGCAUUAGUGUGAACAUGUGCUACAGCUUAAUAUUGAUGCUUUUAAACUGGAUGUUGCUGAGUUUGCUUUGUACUC